GCGGGCUGCUGCUCAUUCAAAACACUCGACUAUACAGUUUCAAAUCCGGAUGCUCCAGGAGAGCAGAAAAACAUCAUGAAAACACACUUAUAUUUGAGUCUUUGCGUGGUAUACAGAAGUAUGUAAAUGGCCACAAAGAAGUAAUCGGCAUUCUCACAACUGAUGGCUGAAUAUGGAAUCAGAACUGUUGAUUGGCUGGCAGGAGGAGAGGGCAGAGCUGAGGGCGGAGCUUUCACGUCUGCAGGAUGAAUUGGCUGAGAGUAGAGCGGAGAGGGAGGAGCUUGAUUCUCGAGCUCAAGCGUUGACUGACAGGCUGUCUCAGACGCUGGACCCUUCUCUGUCAUCAUCAGUGCGUCUGGAUGAAGAGCAGAGAGAAUGGAGGAAGAAGCUCAGAGAGGGCAGAGAAAGAGAAGCCAGACAGGCUCUGCUCAUCCAUAAACUUCAGCACAAGGUGUUGGAUUACAGGGCUCGCUGUCAAGCUCUGGAGCAGCAGGCUGUCGGUGAAGAACGAGAACUGAGGAUCCGAGAGAGGAUACUGCGAGAUGAACGCAGCGACACACUGGAGAGCACCCUCAUCAGGCUGGAGGAAGAACAGCAGAGGAGUUUGGGGCUGUCGGAGGUCAGCGCUCUUCUGCGGAGUCAGCUGAGUCAAUCAACUGAAGCUAAUGAAGCCCUGAGGGACGACCUGCGAAAGCUGACAGCUGAUUGGUCCAAAGCUGUGGAGGAGGUGGUGCAGAAGGAAAUCGAUUGGCAGAAAGAGAAAGAGGUUUUGACAGGCUACAUAGGGAAGGAGCACAGCAGGUUGAUGACGUUGUGGGGACGCGUGGUCACGCUCAGACGCCAGUGUCACUCUCUGAAGACUGCUACUGACAAGGACUUGUGGGAGCUGAAAGCAGACUUCUCUCGUCUCUCUUCAUCUCUCCUCUCUGUAUGGGCUUCUCCUCUAUCGGCUCCCAAGCUGACCCAUAACUCCUCCUUAUCCCAGUCCACUUCAGCACAACCCCUCUCCACCACCCAGGGCCCGCUGUCUCUUGAUGAUCUGAACCAUGAACAGACAGACGAGAGGAAGUCCAGUGAAUUAAAAGCAGACAUCGAGUCUGAAACCCUGGAGCUCAGAAACAGGAUCACAGAGCUGAAUAUGACCGUAAAAGCUCUCGAAUCUGAACGGGAGAAGCAGGAGGAAGAGAUGGAGAGGAGGCACAGGCAUGAGAUGGAGAGAGAACAAGAGCAAGAGAGGAAGUGGGAGAGACAGAUGGAACUAGAGAGAAACUUUGAGUCUGUCUGUCAGGCUGUCAAGACCCUGUCUCGUGCUCUCCUUUCUCAGAAGAUGAGUGGAGAGUCCAGCUCUCUCUCUGCUGAUGAUGCGUCUAGUGAUGGACUGUGCUCUGUCCUCUCGGUCAUCGCUCAAGCUGAGACAGCCCUGCAAUGGAGGGAACAGGAAGUACAGGAGGCUCAGAUGAGCUUGCGCAGGCUUGGGACAGAGAAAGAAUCACUGGAGCAGAGAAUCACACAGUUGGAGAGUGAGUGGGUGGAGCUUCAGGAACAGACCAAUCAGGGCGCACUACAGAUUAAACACACACAGGAACUGUUGAACAGUGAGAAGGAGAUAGUGAGCAGUUUGCGCGGUCAGGUGGAGGAGGCUGAGAAACUCACAGAGGAGCUGAGAAAGGAGAACGAACACAUGAGACGACAGAGAGAGAAGCAGGAGGAGGACAGAAUCCAGCAGGACAGAGAGAGACACAAGCGAAUGGAGGCAGAGAUGUUAGAGAGCGCUCAGCUGUGCGAGAGGGAGAGCCGCACUCGUCUGGAGCUGCACCGGCUGCAGGUGGCACUGGAGAGAGAGACGCUGGACAGAGCUCGAGCAGAGCAAGAGGCUGAGCAGGCUAAAGAUGCUUUAAUCAAGGCACGGGAGUCAUUACUGGCCCAGUCCUCCGGUCAAAACCAGCUCAAGAGAGAGCUGGCAGGAGCUGGAGAUGCCCUGGAGAAAAUGGCUGCCUUAAAUGAAGCUCUGGCCAAGGACAAGAGAGAACUCGGUGUCCGCUCUCUGCAGCUGGAGACGGAGGUGGCAGAAGCGCAGGCUCAGAUCCAGGCUUUUGGCACAGAGACGGCAGGUCUGCACAGGGAACUGAAGGCCAUGUCUCUAGAGGUCCACGAAUUAAGGCAGCGGAGAGAGAGCGAUCUGAAAGCUCUGCAGCAGCUCAGAGAGAGAGAGAGAGAGCUGGAGAAUGAGCUGGAGCUGGAGAGGGAGGACAGGCAGAGGGAGCAGACGGCCCGCACUGAAGACAAGAGCACAGAUGAACAAAAGAUUUCAGAGUUAACGGAGCAGUGCAGCACAGUGAUGAAGGAGCUUCAGAGUGUCAAGGUUGAACUGCUGAAAGCUGCAGAGCUGCAGAGAAGAGCUGAGCGAGAGAGAGACGAUCUAAUGAGAGAGAGCCAGCGACUAGAGGACACAGUAUGUACACUAGAGAGAGAGAAAGAGGAACUCGCACAGGUCAAAGAGGAACUCAGAGGCGUGGUGGUUUGUCUCCAGAAGCAGAUGGCUCAGGCACAGGAACAGACCUCAGGUCUGGAGUUGAAGUGCAUUCAGCUACAAAUGCAGGUGGACACACUCACACAGACCAAAGAUGUCUUGCAAGGAGAGAUUCAAUGUCUGCAGACAGACCUGGAGAGAGAGACCGCACAGAAAGAACGAGAAUUACAAGAAUCAAUUGAGGAAAGAAGGAAGUUUGAAAGAGAGAUAGAAAACUGGAAGUCGGAAUGCAAGAAGUUUCAGAGAGACGUUGAACAAGAAUCAGAAAAUAGCAAAAUACAAGCAGAAGAGAGCAAAACGGACAGAGAACGAUGGCAAAAGGAGAGAGAAUCUCUGAGCGCAGAGCUCGGCCAGAAAGAUGGAGAAGUGGAGAUACUGAGGAACAGGAUUGAUGGAUUGUUAAAAGAAAAAGAAGAGCUUUUGGACCAUUUAGAAAAAAGAAACACAGAACUAGAGAAACUACAGACUAAAUCUGCAGCAGAACAGAAAGCGGCCGAGCUAAGGCUGAGAGGAGCAUGUGAUGAGGUUGAGAGAUGGAAGGAGAGAGAAAAUAAGGUUCAGAGAGAGAAAGAAGAGUUAAAUCAGAAGUUUUUAGAAAGAGUAGAAAGAGAAAGUCAGAACCUCGAGAUCACACAGAGAGAGAAGGCUAAGAUGUCUGAUCUAAUGAAAAAGAAGGAAGAUGAAAUACGAAGAAGAGGAGAGGAUAUAGAAGAGUUGAAAUUGAAACUCCAGUCCAACGAGAAAACAAUUGAGAGUCUGGAAAUAGAGUUACAACAGAAAGAGACCUUGGAGAGUAGAGUAGAAACCCUGGAGAAACUUAACACUCAACUGAAAGAGAAAAAACUUGACAAAAUAAGAGAAAACGAAAGCAGACAAAAGAAAAGAGAUGAGCAAGAAAGGGAGAAAGAAGUUAGGUGGAGGAGACAACUGGAACAGAAAGAUGAAGGCCUUAUAGAGCUCAAAAGCAGAAUUGAUGAACUAAUCGGAGAAAAAGAACAUAUCUCUUUACUCGUGGAAGAAAGAGAAAAAGAUAUUGAGCAAUUGCAAUCUACGCUGUCGACAGAAAAGAGAGCUCUUGAGCUGAGACUGAAAGAGGCAAGAGACAAUGCAGAGUGGUGGAAGAGACGAGCUGGCAACAUGGAGAAAGUGAAGGAGAGCGUAAAUCGUGUUGCUGAAAGAGAGAAAACAGAACUGUCAGAGCUUCUUAGAGAAAGAGAGGAAGAGGUACAAAAGAGAGAAGAGGUGAUCAGUGAUCUUAAAAACAGAAUUCAAUCAUUAGAGGUAAUCAUAGAGAAACUAGAGACUGAUAUUGAGCAGAAGAAUGAACAGCUUGAACUUCUAAAUGAGCAAAUCUCACAGAUAAAAGAGAGAGAAAUUGAGAAUCAAAAAGAGUUGGACAGGAUGCAAGAAAAUCUAAAGGAACAGGAGAAACAACUGAAAAGAGAAUUAGACCAUCUUAAUAUCAAAAUGGCAGGAGUCAUUCAAGAAAAAGAGGAGUUAUUAGAAAGGAUAGAGGAGAGAGAUGGUGAGUUGACAGAAUUACAAGUGAAAUUCACUCAAGAACAGAGGAUGUUUGAACAGAAGCUUAAAGCAGAACAUGCAGAGGUGAACAGGUGCAAAGCCAAGAUAGCAGAGAUGGAACAAGACCAGGUGAACUUGAAGGAAAGGGAUGAAGAGCAAAGGAAAAGACAAAAGAUGGAAGAAAGAUAUAGGGAGCAGAAACAGACAGAAGAACUUGUUCAGAAGGACGUAGAGGUGAGGCAGUUGAAACUGAAGAUUGAAGAACUGAACCAGGAGAUUGAGCAGGACAGGAGGAUAAGAAUGGAACAACAAGAAGACCUUGAACAACAAACUGCCCUCCUACGUGAUGCUGAAGAGGAGGCAAGAACACUGAAAAAGACUUUACAACAAAAAGAUAAAGAAGAAAGGGACAGACUCCACCAUGAGGAAAAAGAAAAGACACUACUGAAGGAAAAGCUGCAUGAAGCAGAGCAGAGGAACAUUAAAGUUUUAAGCAGUUUACAAGAAAUCGAAACAACGCUUGAGAAGGAAAGAUAUCAGCUCAGAGGAAAAGAAGAAAGACUUAUGGAGUGUAAUGAAGAGCUAUUCUUGAUCAAACGUGAGCGAGAUCAAGAGAAGGAGAGCAUUGAAGAACUAAAUAAACUUAUAGGUGAACAAGGCAAAGAAGUGAAGACUCUGAGGGGAAAACUGGAUGAACGACUGGAGGAGGAGGGAAGGUUGUCAAAACUGUUGCAGAACCAGCGAGUGGAGGUACAAGUGCUUGAAUCCAGGGCAGAGAACAUUGAAGAGGAAAAACAACAGUUGAAGAGGUCUUUGAGUCAGAUUGAAGAAGAGAAGAGGCAUUUGGAGACCCAACUGACAGAUGAAAAAGUGGACAAGGAAAGACUAAGAGUCAGGCUUGAGGAUCAGGCCACAGAAGUGACUAAACUGAAUAAGAUUUUAGAAGAGGAGAGAAAGUUGUCACAACUACUGCAGAAUAGCCGAGUGGAGGCGCAAAUGUUUGAAUCCAGAGCACAGAACACUGAAGAGGAAAAACAACUACUGAAAAGAUCUUUGAGUCAGAUUGAAAGAGAGAAGAGUCGUCUUGAGACCCAACUGACAGAUGAAAAAAUGGACAAGGAAAAACUAAAAGCCAGGCUUGAGGAUCAGGACAAAGAAGUGACAAAACUAAAGGAGAAAAUGAAUGAAAUUUUAGAAGAAGAGAGAAAGUUAUCACAACUACUGCAGAACAGCCGAGUGGAGGCUCAAAUGCUUGAAUCCAGGGCAGAGAACAUUGAAGUGGAAAAACAACAAUUGAAGAGGUCUUUGACUCAGAUUGAAGAAGAGAAGAGGCAUCUGGGGACCCAACUGACAGACGAAAAAAUGGACAAGGAAAGACUAAGAGCCUGGGUUGAGGAUCAGGCCACAGAAGUGACAAAACUAAAGGAGAAACUGAGUGAAAUGAUAGAAGAGGAAAGAAAGUUGUCACAACUUCUGCAGAACAGUCGGGUGGAGGCUCACAUACUUGAAUCCAGGACAGAGAACAUCGAAGAGGAAAAACAACAAUUGACAAGGUCUUUGACUCAGAUUGAAAAAGAGAAGAGGCAUCUGGAGACCCAACUGACUGAUGAAAAAAUGGACAAGGAAAGACUAAGAGCCAGGCUUAAGGAUCAGGCCACAGAAGUGACAAAACUAAAGGAGAAACUGAAUGAAAUGAUAGAAGAGGAAAGAAAGUUGUCACAACUUCUGCAGAACAGCCGGGUAGAGGCUCAAAUGCUUGAAUCCAGGGCAGAGAACACCAUAGAGGAAAAGCAACAAUUAAAGAGGGUUUUGAGUCAGGUUGAAGAAGAGAAGAGGCUUUUGGAGACCCAACUGACAGAUGAAAAAAUUGACAGGGAAAGACUGAAAGCCAGGCUUGAGGAUCAAGCUACAGAAGUAACAAAACUGAAGGAGAAACUAAAUAAAAUGGUAGAAGAUGAGAGAAAGUUAUCACACCUUCUGCAGAACAGCCAAGUGGAGACUCAAAUGCUUGAAUCCAGGACAGAGAACCUCGAAGAGGAAAAACAACAAUUGAAGAGGUCAUUGACUCAGAUUGAAGAAGAGAAGAGAUGCCUGGAGACCCAACUGACAGAUGAAAAAAUUGAUAGGGAAAGACUAAGAGCCAGGCUUGAGGAUUUUCAGAAAGAUCAACAAAUCCUGUUUGAGGAGAAGAUGGGACGUGCGGAGAAGCUUGGGUCUCGUGUAAGAGAACUGGAGGAGCAGAGAGAUCAUCUCUCGGCAGAGCUUCGACGGAAAGAGCGAGAGAUGGAGGUUUUGAGAGAUGAAACUCUUCGAGAGAGACGAGAGAAGGACAGAAUAAGCUCUUUAUUGAGUGAUGCCAAGGAAAGAAAGGAAUCACUGUCUGUCCAGGUCGAUUCUUUGCAAGAACAACUGGUUAGUCUGUCUAGAUCUAAAGAGCAAACCAAGUUAAAGAUCCAGGAGCAAAAAGAGCAGAACAAGGAGAUGCGAGAGGGGCUAGUUGCUGGGCUUCAGGAGAUGGCAACUUUGAAGGAACUGCUAGAAGAGAGUCAUCGUGAAGGAGAGAGACUAAGGUCCAUGAUGCAGGAAAGGAAGGAUGAGCUGGUACGAAGUAGAGAAGAAGGCAUUAAGGUGGCACAUAUUGAAGCCAAAGAUCUUCAACUAAAAGUCCAGAUGUUAGAGAAGCAGAAACAGGAGCUUGAAACCACUCUUCAACUACAAGUGGAGCAACUUAAGAAGAAGAAUGAGGAAGGGAUGCAGGAGAAGGAACAAUUGCAGCAAAGACAGGAAAAGUUGGAAGGAGAAUUGAUGGCUAUGAAAAGCGUAAAGGAGCACAGAGAGGCUGAGCUGACCAGAGCAAAGGCUAGAUUGGACAUUCUGGAAGAUCAGAGGACUGAACUGAGCUCUUUGGCAGCAGAGAGGACCAAAGAUGCAGAGGAACUGAGCAACAGAUUCAGAGAUCUGAGGCUGGAAGCUGACAGGCUGAGAGAGGACAGAAUAAGAGAGAAGAACAACUGGGAGGAACUCAAAAGAGAAAACAAAGAAAAACAAAAUGCCUUGGAGGAAUUGGAGCUCCUUAGAAAAACUCUGAUGGAAAAGGAAAAGGAGAUGAAAUUGGUUAAAGAGAAAUAUGAAAAUGAGAAAAGAAGAAGCGAGAGAUUUCAGCAAGGGGAUGAACAGAAUGUAAGACAAAUUGAAUUAGUUUCAGAAAGACUCAGGGAUAAGGAAACUGAGUUAGAGAGUAUUCGAGAAAAGGCGUACAAAGAACAAUCAGCAAGACUUAGAUUGCAGGAUCAAUUCGAAGAUGAGAAAAGAGUUACCAAGAAAUUGAGGGAAAAAUUAGAAACCCUAGAGAAAGUGAAACAAGAGAUGAAGACCAAGAUGGAAAAUGAUAUACGCUAUUUUAGAGACUCUGAAAAGAAAAACAAUGGUCUAAAGAUGGAUAGUGGGCAUGGUACUCUUGCAGACUCCCUAGAGAUAAAUGCUGAAUAUCGUUCUCAUGUCAAGCUGUUAGAAGCAGACACACUUAGAAAGGACCUGACAAAAAAAGAUCAGGAAAUACGAAGGUUGAGGAUCAAGGCUGAAACACUACAGACUGAAAUCGACCGACUGCACUCUCUAUUAAAAAAUGGGAACAUGAAAACUGGGCCAACAGAGAAUGAGGACUGGGAUAGGGAAAAGCAGCAAGUGUCCACUAUCCUUUUAGAAAAGGAGGAGAGGGACAGACUCCUCAGAGAGAAGGAUGUUGAAGUAUAUGCAUUAAAGGAGCGAGCUGAGGAGAUGAGCAAGGACAGGGAUCGGGUCAGGAUAGCACUGGAGAAGACUGAAGCCAUGCUGAUUUACUAUAAGGAGAGACUGGGACAUCAGGAGCACAAGAGAAAGCAGACAGGAGGUGAUAUUUCAUUGGAAAAAGUGUCUGCGGAUGAGCUGGAUACAGAAUCUGCUGUUCAUGGGCGUCUGUCGGCGAUGCAGCAGGCUGUAGCACAACUGGAGGUGCAGCAGAACCUUCUUGAGAAGAAAAACAGUCACCUAGAGAAGAAGAUUGAGAGGCUACGAACUGAGCGACAGCACCUGAGAGAGACACUGACACAGGUUGAGCUGGAGAGGGGGAAACUGAGGCGUCAGCUGUCACUGUCAGAAGCUGGAGUUCUGGACCAGUCAGUUGGUACAGACGAUGCAGAGCUGAAGCAUCUCCGAGUCCGAGCCAAUGAACUGGAGGAACAGGUUCACCAUCUUCGUCUCAUGUUGGCUGUGGACCAUCGGCAGCGGGCAGAGUUCAUAGACCGCUCUCUGAAGAACAGCCAGAGUCUGAUGUCCCUCAGACAAGAUCUGAACGAGUCUUUAUCAGCCGUCUCACAGCGGCCCGUCCUAUCAGUGCUUGAGUCUGAGACGCAGAGACUGGACAGGAGCAUUCGAGAGGAAGAGCUGCGACUGACUUUCAGCCAAAGCUAAAGAUACAAACACUCCUUCAUGUGAAAGAACUAUCAUAUAGUUCAUAUUGUUGCACUUAACAGUCAGUAAUUUAGACCGUGAACCUAAGAUUAAUUAUACACUCAGGGUUUGACAUUAUUUUACUGUUACCCCGGUUAUAAGUUUGGAUGCAUUAAGAUUUUUGUUUAUGUUUUUUAAAGAAGGUUUAAGACUGGAUAUGUUUUAAAAUUUAAUUAUUUCUGUGAUUUCAAAGCAGAACGUUGAGCAUCAUUACUCCAGUCUUCAGUGUAAAAUGUUCCUUCAGAAAUCAUUCCAAUAUGAUGAUUUGCAAAUUGUAAAAAUACUAUUUUUAUGGAAACUGCAGUAUGCUAAUAAGCUAAAAGUACCCAAUUUGUGUAUACAUCAGAAACAUAAUAAUAUAUGACAACAUUUUUAAUGCUGUCAGAGGUUAUAUAUCAAAUACAUGUGGUUAUUUGAAAACUUAUGUAUGCUUUGUAAUGCGCAUUGAUUAUAAGGACCAGUAUUAUUAAUGAUUAUUAUUAAUUAUUAGUAGUUAAUAG